CGAGACUGCCGAGAGUGUAAGAGAAUUGAGUAAUUUUUUUCGAGACACAGGGAGUUUAGAGAGUAAGUCGGAGAACAAUGGCGUCGAAUGCAGCGGUACCCUUUUGGAGAGCGGCGGGGAUGACUUACAUAACAUACUCAAACAUUUGUGCCAAUCUGGUCAGGAACUGUCUCAAGGAGCCUUACAAGACCGACGUUCUCAAACGUGAGAAGGUUCAUUUUUCCGUUUCCAAGUGGGUGGAUGGCAAGCCCCAAAAGCCCACUGUUAGGUCGGACACUCCUGAAGCGUGAAGGUGUUGGUAGUUGCCAUUUCGAAGGUGCUUCUGUUUUUCUUAUCAACAUUCGUAGGAUUGAAUCACUUUUUGAAAUCAAACCUUUCAUGGAAAUGGAUUGAUGAAUCUCUUGAAUUUCCAUAGGUUUGCAAAAUGUAAUAAAUCUUGCUAUUAAAUCAACUAUAAAGUUCUUUAUGUUUGGUUUUUCCAUGAAA